AUGUGGUGCAAUAUCAAGAAUAAUGUGAAAAACGGCAAACGCCUUUAUGCGAACCGGAAUGAACUAAAAACUUUUUUGAAAAUGAUAUUUAGCAGACGAAAGAGAGAUGAGAUCGCGACUCCUCAAAGUUCUAAUUGGCUUCAGGCAUCUCCGGGUGUUUUUCUUAGUGCAUUCAUACCUUGUAUGAAUUAA